GAGAGACCCCGAGAGAGAGAGAGAGAGAGAGAGAGAGAGAGAGGAAGAAAAGGAGCUGGUGCAGGGUCUUGUUCACACCUGGGUUUAAUGCAGUAGGUUUCAGAGCUGUCAUUAACGGAGAUAUAAAAGAAGAUAAGUUUUAUUUUGUUCCUUAAAGAGACACAUCAACAGAGGAGGAGUCGCCGUCCGUCUGUCUGACUGAGAAGCUUUGAUUUUCUUCUCCAGCUGCGUCCUGGAAAAAGAAAAACAUCGGACUGUUUUUCUCCUGCUGCUCGUACGAAGGAUUUCCAAAAAAAAAAAAAAAAAAAAAAGGCCCAACAAUCUGGAAGAAAAAUGCACGUCCACAUUUAUGAGUCUUACGACCUGGAGUGAUGAUUGAUGUUACGGUGGCGUUUCGUUUGUGUGUGUGUGUGUGUGUGCAGCUUCCAAAAAAACCUUGAGAGGAAAACGCUGACAUGUUGUGCUUAUAGAAACAUCAGGAAAACAAACGUUUGGAUUGAUAUGACCGAGAGAGAGAGAGAGAGAGAGAGAGAGAGUGCAUGUUGUUUUCAUGUCGACACCGUUUUAACACAAUGGCCCAAGUUUUGAAGGUAAACGCAGGAAAAGAUGAAGUGAAAGAAGCAUGCACGAAUAUUAUUUAACGUUUGCGUUUAUGCAAAUUCAGCAAACCUGCGUGAACACAAAGGAUGACCUCACACCUUUAAACCAAUAACUCUGCAUGGAGUUAUUUAAAUGCUAACAGCAGGAGAAGUGUGAUGCACUUCUGCAUGUGUUCAACAAGUAUUCAGUUAUGUUGUGAUUGUUUAAAACGUGCAGAUGUUGUGUUUGAUCUCCGGAUUAAUUCAAGGCUAGUUUAGACUAACAGUGCAUCAUUUUCAAAUCACUAUUGCUCAAACUUUACACAGUAAUAGGCCUAAAGAUAUCCAUCUCUACUUAUAGUAUCAUGAUGUGUCAUUUAAAUGAUUUAAAAGUGAAAGUCUUGAGCUGAAACGCGCAAUUUAGCACAAAUAUUUAAUCAAACUGUGGAAUUAUUGAAUUUGUAGCUUUAAAAAUAUGAUCCCAUCCAGAGGAUUUGACCUUAACGUUUAAAAAAAAAAAGCAGACAAGUGGUUCAAUUAUUGAUGAAAGCUGAAUGAAUGUGACCCAGAUGUAAUAUCUGAUCACCGUGAUGUGUUGUUGCUGUAGGUUGUAUAUUCAAAGUUAGAUAAGGUUGACUAGUGUACAGUCUUCAAAUCACAGCUGCUUUAGUUUUUCUCAAACUUAACACAUGCAUCUCUACUUUUUAGAUUUCACAUUAUGGCCAAAAGCGUGACAUGAAUGUUGUUUUAAAAUAGGUAUGACUCAAAAAUUUGAAAUUCUUUAAAGUAGGCGGCAUAAAAAUAUGUUUAUAUGUUUCCAUCGAGAAUAUUUAACCUAAACCUGCAAAAACAUAGAAGAGUUGAAGUAAACAAAUAAGCCUCAGUAAACUGCACUUGAACGUAUGUGUCACAAACGUAUAUCUCAUCAGUUUGAUUAUAAAUAAAUGCUCUUUGUAUCUCCGCUUUGAUUCCGAUAUCUAAGGUUAGAUUUGGCUAAGAAGUGUAGAGGCUGUGUUCAAUUUUCACUCCACAAAUUUAAUAUUUACAGAAGUGCACCAUUAUUUAAAAACUUAGAAGACUGUGAAAGACACGAUCCAUGUAAUCGAAAAUCAUUUGCAAAAGGAAUAACUCCAGGCAGAAAAUAUAAUUUGGUAAAUCACAAGUUGGAGGUUUAAAAAUCAUGAAACGUUGUUCCUCUUCUCUGAACAGAUUCAAAAUGUUUCUCUGGUAUGUUGUGCUUUAAAAACAGAUUUCACUAGAAGUUGUGAAAAGUCGACUGUUAGGUCCACAUGUAAAGAAUAUUGUAAAGUUGUGAGCUUGGGUUUAUGUGACACAGAUUAUUAUUUAUAUCUGCUGUCGUGCAUAUUGGAUGAACGGCUCCUCGGGCUUCAGUCGGUGACCUCUUAAUCCUCCGAGCUGGACGUCAAUAGAAAAGGUCACUGGGAUGUUUGUUGUGCGGAGAAUGCGAAGACAGUAGCAGUGUUCAGCUCACGUUCACGUCUUUUUUUUCUAUCAUAAAUAUUUCUGUUUGAUUCGACCGUUAUUAGAAAGAUUGGCGGGCUGUGGUGAUGUCACAGCAGCCAGAUUCAGCCUCCGUGGACGUUUCUCUCUUCCUCUGUUGAGGGUAAUGAAGCAGAAAAAUACAAAUGGACGUUGAGGAGUUGAAGCAGCACACACUGAUCUGAAUGGAUGCGUGUGAGGCAGGUGUCUUGUGUUGUUUCUGUGCACACUCAUCGAUGGAUCCGUCUGUUAGCACGGCCCUGUGGGGCAGCGGGGGCGCCAACUACACGGCUGACACCUCAGCUCCGAGCUUCACCCACCAGCUGAGCACCGCCUCACCUGUUGUACCCAGGGUUGUUUCCAUAAUGACUGGUCUGGUGACCACCGGCUCCGAGUCCACAGUGGGAACCACAGGAAACCUUUCCACCUUCAGGGAUCAGAUCGAGAACGAGCUCAGCCGACUCCACCAGGCGUCCACUCCUUCAGUGCUGAGCGCCUCCGAGAGUAACUCGGUCCUGCGGGGCAUCACGGUGGCAGCUCAGGCCCUCGUCCUCCUCUCCAUCUUCCUCCUCUCCAGCCUGGGGAACUCGGCCGUCGUCAUCGUCAUCAUCAAACACCGACAGCUCCGAACCGUGACCAACGCUUUCAUCAUGUCGCUGUCGCUGUCCGACUUCCUCACGGCCGUCCUGUGCCUGCCGUUCUCCUUCGUCAUGCUCUUCAGCAAGGACGGCAGCUGGAUGUUCGGCGACGGUUUCUGCGUGGCGAACGGCUUCUUCAACACCUGCUUCGGCAUCAUCUCCACGCUGACGAUGACCCUGAUCUCCUUCGACAGGUACUACGCCAUCGUCAGGCAGCCGCAGGCCAAAAUAGGACGGCAGAAAGCGACGCAGCUGUUGGUAGCCGUGUGGUUGACCGCAGUGGUUUUCUCGAUGCCUUGGUAUCUUUUGGUUCGAACGCCGACGGAGAUCCACAAACAAGGUUUCUACCACUGCAUGUACGUGUUCCACUCAGGGACGUCCCGCAUGGGGACGGCGUACAGCAUCUGCCUUAUCGUCGUGUGCUACCUGCUGCCCUUCUCCCUCAUGUGUUUCUGUCAUUACAACAUCUGUAAGACAGUUCGGCUAACGGAGAUCCGAGUCAGACCCGUGACCACAUACGCAUACUUGCUGCGCUUCUAUAGCGAGAUGCGGACAGCCACCACCGUCCUGAUCAUGAUCGUUUUCAUUAUUUUUUGUUGGGGGCCGUAUUGUUUGAUGGGCUUGAUAACGGCGAUGGGGAACUUCACGUUUAACCCUGCGAUGGACACGGUGGCUAUCUGGCUCGCCUGGGCUAACGGAGCGAUCAACCCUCUGAUCUACGCCCUGAGGAACCCCAACAUAUCCAUGCUGCUGGGGCGCAGCAGAGAGGAGGGGUAUCGCACCAGAAACAUCGCCGCCUACCUCUCCAGCCAAACCCAGAACCGCGAGAUCCGGCACAACCAAGCCGAGAGAAUCAGGGACCGCUACGUGAGCCGCGUCGGGGUGAACAACAACAGCCGGCUGUCGAGUUCAAGUCCGGGAAAAGGAGGAGAGGUGGCCAUGUGGGCGUGUAAAAACCCGGCAGUGUUCUUCUGCAGGGACGCCCAGCCGGACACGGCGACGGUACCCAACUCUGUCUGCACGCCCAAGAUGAAAACAGCCGACACGAGCCUGUGACUGCUCUUAACCAUCAGAUGAGGCGUUUCACCCUGUCUGUGUGUUGUGGAUCUAUAGGGACACCUGUUUGUGACAUUUCUUUGGAAAAAAAAUAUUUAUGUCAGAAAACUGUUUAUUAUGUUUAUAUUCUCCUCAUCCGAGUAGUUGUGUUUUUGCAGAAUUGUUUACACUGUGUGGGAACUUUUAUAAGAAGUUAAACAAGAGAUAAUGAAGGUUAGAAUAAUUCUUUUAAUGUCUUUUUGAGGAUCAGGUGGACAAAAUGAAUCUGAAGGACGGCUGCAAUCCCCUCCAUGUUUUAUGAGUAGGAGAGGAGAUGCAACACUUUUAGAAAAAGCCUGAUAAAUGUGCUACAAAGGUCUCAAUGUCAGUAUUUUUUCAAAUGUAAAAGCAGCAUGUUGACCUGGAGAACAUACAACAUUCUUUACCUCUCAUGCUUCAGUGUACUUUAACGUGUCAUCUUCUGUUCGGACUCGUCGAUUAUUUGAAUGUCUGAAGAAGGCAGUGUUCAGGAUGGAGUGGAGCUCACCUCAGCCUUCCCUUCAAAAUCACACAUUGACUCAUCCUGACUUCACACAGAUUUUUUUUUUGAUCAGGUAGCAGGGAGGAGAAAGUCCAACUAAAGUAAGCCAGGUUGAAUGGAUUCCAACGUUUGCAUUCACACAUGCAGCCCUCCUGGACAAUUUUGAGGAGUGCAGUGUUUUUGUUAAAGCGGCUUUGAGCUGACUUUGGGGUUAUGUUGUGCUUUACAUUCUGUCUCCAUUGGGUCUUGCUGUAAUGGCUGCAUCAUUAUUAGCCCCAUUUCCUCCAAGUGGUCCGGUUUGUUUCAGUACGGUUUGUUUCAGUUUACGGUUUGGUACGGUAAACCUCAUCUUGAUCGCGCUUCCACAGCCAACCGUAUACCCUCACACAUCACUAAAUAACAGCGGCGCAACAAAGUGUAGACAACUAAUAAAUCCAACAAAGAAGAAGAAUAAUAAGAACUAAAAUCAAUGAUUCCUAGAAAGGUCAUGAUGCAUUUUGUGUUUGUCCUUUAUUACCGCUGUUGCACGGGAAGUGAAGACAAUUUUGAUCAAUCUAUGGACUGCAAUGUGUCUAGCGCCACCUUGCAUUACGCUUUGCACCCCAAUAGAAAGGAACCAAAAAAAGUAGAAAGGUAUGGAUCAGUAACUGUCGUACCAUUCCCAACUUUUGACAGUGGAAACGCCAAUAAAUGUGUACCGUACCGAACAGAGCUGAACCGGACCGCUUUGUGGAAACGGGGCUGUAGUCCAUUACAGAGAGUUCAUUGGUCUGUCUCCUUUUGCAAACCGCACCUCGUCGUUGUGUUUAUGCUCAGCCUCUCACGUCAACAAACCUCUGACACUGUGCGGCCUCUUCAGUAGCUUCACGUUCUGCACCACCUGAGCUGCAGGAAAGAGGAUCCAGGUGCCAAUCGGGAGGACUUACUGUCAUCUCAUUGGUCUGCCUGCACUUGUAAAUGUCAUCCCAACUAUUUUGUCGACAAUAAAGAAGUUGCAUUUGUAUUUUUAAA